CUGCUGGCUCUCUCUCGAUCUUUACUUCAUCUUGAGUUUUUCGUGCCAGUCUGCAUCGUCAUGAGCCUCAAUUGUUUCUUCUUCAUCAUCACUGUCUGGAAACUGGCCCAGAAGUUAUCCAGCCUCAAUCCAGACCUCUCCAGCCUCCACAAGAUCAGGAGUUUCACGGUGACCGCUGUGGCUCAGUUGUGUGUUCUCGGAGGAACGUGGGUCUUCGGCUUCUUCCUCUUCCAGGAGGACGGGACUGAAGUCAUGUUGUACCUCUUCACGAUCUUAAACAGCCUGCAGGGGGCGUUCAUCUUCAUCAUGCACUGCCUGCUGUCCAAACCGGUCAGGACGGAGUAUUACACCCUGUUUGUCCGAAUGUGUCCACACAAGAAGAAAGUGGAAUACAGUAUCAGCAGCAUUUCAGGUAAACCUCUACGGAGCGAAGACAGCACAGGAGAGUCCAAGAUAUAA